GAUCCGCUGACAUUUAACAAACUGGCUUAUCAUAAUUAUGCUGCAUAUACACGUACAUAUAUAAGUUUCUGUGUAUUGCGUUUAUAUUUUUUGUUGAAUGUUAUUUUUACGGAACAUUAUCUAUAGUAGACUUUAUCUUUUGUAGUGAAGUCAUGCCUCCCUGCUGGUCAAAACUAGCGCGUUUAAGAAGAGAGGUUUAAGAAGAUGAAAAUAUGUUGCUCGAAGGAAACAUAAGUGCUGGGUCCAUGCAAUAUUGAAACAGAGAAAAAUAUUUGGAACGUACCAUCAUCUGGUUAAAGAACUUGAGUUGGAUUCAAAAGUAUUCCAACAAUACUUUCGUUUAAGCAGGGAACAAUUUCAGCAAGUUUUGUUGCAUUUAGAGCCACACUUUGUCAAAAUAAACCUAAAGAGAAACCAUCAGUCCAACGGAACGACUUACAAUUUGUUUGAGGAACUGGUGAUAGAAUGCUGACUUUCACAAUAUUAUUCUUAAGUGCAGUCACAACUUGUGGCUUCAAUGAGAAGGCUGAAGAUAAUCCAUAUCAGUACAACGUCAUUACUGAUGGUGUAAAAACUACUUGUUACAUGUGUCCACCAGGAUAUUAUGUUUCUCAACAUUGUACUAAGAACUUCAGUGAUUCAACGUGUUCGCACUGUUCUCCAGGAUAUUUCCAGACAAACUAUACCCAGGCAAGACGUUGUGAACAAUGCCAAAAAUGUAACAGUUGGCAUCAAGAAACCAACAUUAGCUGCACCUCCACUCACAAUGCUGAGUGCAGAUGCAAACUGGGUUACAAGUGGAAGCAGCAUGAUGCUUUUCUCCAGGAAGCAAGCUGUAUGUGGACCGGAGACUGUCCGAAGGGUUACAUCCCUAACUCGGUAAGCAGUGAACACAAGUGUGUCAAAUGCCAACCACAUCAGUCAUGCUUCACUGUACCCGUAGGUGGUGCUGCAGCAGGUUUCUCUUCUGCUUGGAGCAUGGUCACUGCCAUUGUUGUCCUGUACAUGAUUUAAGAUGAUGCAUGUUCAACAGGAAGAUGGUCCUCCUUGAAAGAUCUUCGAAAUACUAACGAAUUUUCAUCACUGUCUAUCAAUUUAUCGUAUACAUUUUUUUAAUUGCCUUUGUAACUUUCACAUGUAUUUUCUUAAAAAUAUCUAAAUAUGGUUGCCUGAAUAAUUCAAAAGUAGUGUGUGGGGGGGGGGGGGGGGGGGGGGGUAGUAGGUAUGGCUUAAAUUUGUUCAGUUUAUCAAGAUAUGAAUGAAAAAAAGUAAGCACCUCUGGACCAAUUAGAUUGUCGUAAAGUGUAUAGAGGCAAAGAAAAUUUAAUUAUAACAGAUUGAAACAAGAGUGUUUGUUUGGUUGAAACAGGGAAAUGCUCUUAAGAUGCAUUCUCGAUUUUGUCUCCAUAACUGUAAACCGUAAAUAAAAUGUGUUGAGUGCAUCGUUAAAUAAAACGCUUCCUUCCUUCCUUCCAUAACUAACUUCUCAGAGAUAUUUUUAAAAUAUGAAGCAUGCAUUUAGAGGAAUUACGGUAGGAACACCAGGACGACUAGAUGACACAUUAGAUGUACAGGAAUGGAUAAUCUAAGCAAUAAAAUCAAAGUAAUGCCUGAUUUCAAUUAUUAGAAACGGCUCUAAUAAUCAAAAAUAUGCUGUAGUGUUUAAAAACUAGGGUGUGUCACUUUAACACUUUUAUGACAUCUGUAGAUUUGACAUCCAUGUGUACUUGAUGUUGCAAGUGACAUCUUGCUAGUAGCAGAAUUUGACUUUGUUUUAUCAGGUCAUCAUAAAUUUCAUGGCUUUAGAUUGCACCAAAGAUGAGGUGUUAAAGGGCGUGCCAAAAAUAAAUACAAAUGUGCCAACGUCAAAACAUUUGAGCUCAAAAUCAAUGAAAUGAUAAGUUACAAUUAGAUUAAUAGUACUUGAAAUGCAUUCUGAAUAUGUAGAAACAGCUAUUAUUAACAUUACUGCAUUCAAAAAACUUUGGUGUUCUCAGAACAGACAAAAAGCAAGUUGUGUCCAAAUUAGAGAGAUUUCAAGCCCUGCAUCUUGCUAGUAGCAGAAUGUGACUGCUUUAUCCGGUACAAACAAUGGUUACAGGAUAAAAUAAAACAAGCAUGACCUUAUCCAGCAAGUGCUAAAUCCCUUCUACAUAUAAAUUAAACUCAGUUUGACCCAUACUUCUCUUUUCUAGUCGAUAUACUCCGUUUUAUAUUGGUACUAUCAUGUAUCCUCUGGAGCUGGGCCUGUCCGCACCACUAUACCAACCAUGACGAAUGGACUAUACCCUAGUCUGAUACUCUCUCUUGUUCAGACAGAUCCGGCUUCUUGAGAUCUGUAUUUCAGUCACUCUAGUGGUUUUCUUGACGGGAUGUACUCCAUCUCGUCCCUACAAGCUGUGCACCUUAACGGCCUUAUCGAGGCCACAGACGUGGACAUUUAGAUCGGACUUUAAACUUUUAGAUCUUCAUUCAAAAUUUUACAUCAAAAUUACACUCUUUUUGUUCUAUAUUAGUAAAUAGUCUGAUACUCUCUUCUUUCUCUCAUUUAUUUUUAGACUGUCCUUCUAAAAUGCUCCAAAUUGUAUAAAUAUUUGGCGUAGAAGUCAAUUUGUGUUUUUUUAACAUUUUGGAUUGUUAACUUUUUAAAUUAAAAAAAAAUCUAUUCACUUUUUCACUAAUUGCUGUUCCAAACUCUGCCCAUAUCCAACUCACCAUCUCCCCCCUCCCCCACCCCACCCCCACUCCCCUCACCUGCCACUUGCUCCCUCCUAUUCUGUCCCGGACCCAGUCACUGGCAAAGUCAGACAGUGUGCCCAGGAAAGACGUCCCUGAACCUUACUUGGAUAUAGGCACAUUAAUAUGCUAUCCUAUUCUCUCCUAUCCUAUAAGUUUGCACAACAGAGCAGCUAAACUAUUUUUCUAUAUUGUUAAUCUAUGCAAGUUAUUACCGGCUUCAGUGGCGUCGUGAUUAGGCCAUCGGUCUACAGGCUAGUCCAAACCCUGAGUGAGUGCAAGGCUCAAUGGGUAGGUGUAAACCACUUGCACCGACCAGUGAUCCAUAACUGGUUAAGCAAAA